AUGAUCACUUCUUCCAAGAUUGGCCGCUUGUUGGCUCUUCUUGUUGCGUUUUUAGCUCUUUCUCCAUGCUGGGCAUCACCUGCCCCUUCGCACAACCAUGAUCUAGUUUUGGCCCACUCCAAAGAUUCAGGAGGCAAAGGGAAAGACAAAAGAACUAGGCCAACAACUCCGGACAACAAACCUGGUGGGGGCGGUGGAAGCCCACCCAACGCACCAGGACGAGAAAAUACAGUUACCCGUUUCAGUCUCACCAAAACUUUGUCAAAAUGGCUUGAUUCAAAAAAGGAAAUAUUACCCUAUAUGGUGGAUCAGAAAGGGGGUAUUGAAGGUUGGGUUCAAGCUGAGUUUGCGGCUUACGUCAGGAAAGGCUUGGGAAGUCAAGACUCCACGACGAUUUCACGCGAAAUCGCCGUCUAUGCUGGGAGAGAACACGCAUUAAAGCAAGCUGAUUUCGUUUUCAUUCCCAAAUCUGGAAACGCAGACAGAGCACAAGGUCUUAUUGUCGAACUCAAGGUUCAGUCUUCUUCAAACAGCCCAAAUUCCUUUAAGGAGCUCGUCAACAAGGACCUUAAGAGAAUGGAAUUGGACAUGCAGUCAAAAUACGCCCAGUACGAUAGGGCAGUCGUUGCUAUUGCUUGGGACCCUGAGAUCCUAAAGACAAUGGACAAAUUCAAGCUUCCGAAAAUUCAUAGUGUGCCACUGGAAGAUGCAUCUGAGACUACUGUCACAAUCUACGCCAGUGAAGAAGGCAAAAAAGAGCCUGCUGAAGAUAAUCCCCCACCUCCUCCAUUUGGCCCAGGCGGAGGUGGAGGUGGAGGAGGCGGAUCAGAUGGGGAAGGCGGAGGGGAAUCAGGCGGGGAAGAAGGCAGUGGAUCUCGAGGCGAUCUUCCUUUACGUCCGAAGACUCCACCAAAAGAUCCAAAGGGAAAGGGAAAGGGAGCGGAAACCGAAAAAGAAAAGGAAGCGGAAAAGGAGGUGGAAAAGGAAACGGGAAAGGAAACGGAAAAGAAGACGGAAAAGGAAGCGGAAACUGGAACUGGAUCGGGAAAUCCAAAAGGAAAGAAGAAAAAGGGAAAGAAGGGAAAAGGAAGGGGAAAGGCAAUAGGCUCAAGUUGA